AUGGCGGUUGACAAGAGCAAGCUUGAAGAAGAAGCAUGUGUCAAUCGAUUCUAUAAGAUAGUCCUUAGCUGGGAUUACCUUCGUCUCUUGAAAGAGUCCGAUAAGAAAAACUAUGAUAGAAAGGCUGGGGAAGGAAGUGCUGACGGAUUCAAGGAAGUGAAGAAUACAUAUGUAGACGUUGAUGAAUAUCUUGCUACCUUUGAGCCAUUACUUUUUGAAGAAGUUAAAGCUCAGAUUGUUCAAGGAAAAGAUGAUGAAGAAGAAACUCAGUAUGAGCAAGUACUUGUGAAAGAAUGCUGUGAAGUCAAUGGAUUUCAUUGUCCUACAUUCAUGUGUGCUGAUGACAUGUCAGUAUCUCAGAAUGAUCUUCUAUUGUUGUCGACUAAGAAGUUCGGAGAAGGCAAACAGUUACCUACGACAUAUGCGUUUGCCAUAGUUGAGCACCGUCAGAAAUUUGAAAUAAGAGUUCGGCUAUUUCUGAGUGGAGAAGUCAAAGCAUAUAAUACUGAUGACAUUCAAACUUGCCCGCGGCUGUUAAGUAUGCUUCCUGUUGUCAGUAAAGAGCAAAACAUUUUGCAUGUCCUGAAGAUUUGCAGCUUAUCAACUAUAGUCCGUGAAUAUGUUGCUAUGCGCUCCAUUAGCUCUCUCCCUUUCAAAGAUUUGAUAUUGACAGCUGCUGAACUGGUCAAUAAUACUGAAGACCGUGCCUGGAAGCUUUCUAAAACUCUAGCUGAGUUUAUUGAAAGCAAUCAUAAUAAGUCACAGCUUGAAGCUAUAUAUGCUGGUCUUUCACGUCAAUCGUUUGUUUUGAUACAGGGGCCACCAGGGACAGGGAAAACACAAACCAUCCUUGGGCUUCUUAGUGCCAUUUUGCAUGCUUCCCCAUCUAGGGUUCUCUCCAACAAGGAAAAACUGAUUGGAGUUAAGCGCGGACCAGAAUUGCCUAUUCAUGAAAAAUAUAAUCACUGGGGAAAAGCAUCUCCAUGGUUAAGUGGUAUCAAUCCUCGAGAUGCAAUCAUGCCUAUUAAUGGUGAUGAUGGAUUUUACCCCACAUCUGGAAAUGAGUUGAAACCAGAAAUGGUUAAUUCCAGUCGCAAAUAUCGUGUCCGUGUUCUAGUAUGUGCUCCAUCGAAUUCUGCGCUCGACGAGAUUGUCUUGCGUAUACUAAAUACGGGCAUUCAUGAUGAAAAUGGUCAUUCAUACAACCCUAAAAUUGUGCGUAUUGGUCUUAAACCACACCACUCAGUCCAGGCUGUUUCCAUGGAUUACUUGGUAGAGCAAAAACUCUCAGGUGUAGACUCUCAUACUGGUGACAAGCAGAGGCAAGGUGGUGCAUCAAAUGAUAGAGAUAGUAUUCGCACAUCUAUACUGGAUGAAGCAGUAAUUGUUUUCUCCACUCUGAGCUUCAGCGGGUCAUCUCUUUUCAAUAAAUUAAACAGGACUUUUGAUGUAGUCAUAAUUGAUGAAGCCGCUCAAGCUGUGGAGCCAGCAACCCUUGUUCCACUUGCCAAUGGAUGUAAGCAAGUAUUCUUGGUAGGGGAUCCAGUUCAGUUGCCAGCCACAGUAAUUUCUCCUGUUGCUGAAAAAUAUGGAUACGGAAUGAGCCUAUUUAAAAGAUUCCAGAGGGCUGGCUAUCCAGUACAGAUGCUGAAGACCCAAUAUCGGAUGAAUCCAGAGAUUAGGAGCUUUCCUUCUAAGGAGUUUUAUGAUGAAGCAUUAGAGGACGGUCCCGAUGUUGAAAGUCAAACCAAACGGUCAUGGCAUAAAUUCCGCUGCUUUGGGCCGUUUUGCUUUUUCGACAUACAUGAAGGGACUGAAUCUCAACCAUCGGGAAGUGGUUCUUGGGUGAAUGUUGAUGAGGUCGAUUUUGUCCUCUCUAUGUAUGGUUCUUUGGUCAGCAGAUAUCCAGAGCUCAAGUCAAGCUCUCGACUCGCCAUCAUAUCACCGUACAGACAUCAAGUCAAACUCUUCAGAGAAAAAUUCCGGAGCAAUUUCGGUGUGGAGUCUGAUAAAGUUGUAGACAUCAACACUGUUGACGGGUUUCAGGGACGUGAGAAGGAUGUUGCUAUUUUUUCAUGUGUUCGAGCGAGUAAAGAUAAAGGCAUUGGCUUUGUUGCUGAUUUUAGACGAAUGAAUGUUGGUAUUACUAGGGCAAGGUCUUCUGUUCUGGUCGUGGGUUCGGCAACAACUUUGAAACGAGACGAUCACUGGAAGAACCUCAUUGAAAGCGCCGAGAAGAGGAAAGUGUUGUUCAAGGUUUCAAAGCCAUACUUGGAGUUUUUCAGUGAGGCAAACCUGAAAACAAUGGAAGUAAAGGAAGAUGGUAGUGUGGGGCCUAGUGAUGAUAUGGAUAUGGACGUGCCUUUUAGUAUCGAUGCUAAUGCCGUUGAGAAUGUCGACUGGGGAGAUGCUGGAGAUGAUGGUGAUGAUGGGGACUUUGGUGGUGAUGACUAA